AUGACCACGUUACUGUGCGUCUAUGGUCCGCGGUACAUGACCACGUUACUGUGCGUCUAUGGUCCGCGGUACAUGACCACGUUACUGUGCGUCUAUGGUCCGCGGUACAUGACCACGUUACUGAGCGUCUAUGGUCCGUGGUACAUGACCACGUUACUGUGCGUCUAUGGUCUGCGGUACAUGACCACGUUACUGAGCGUCUAUGGUCUGCGGUACAUGACCACGUUACUGAGCGUCUAUGGUCUGCGGUACAUGACCACGUUACUGAGCGUCUAUGGUCUGCGGUACAUGACCACGUUACUGAGCGUCUAUGGUCUGCGGUACAUGACCACGUUACUGAGCGUCUAUGGUCUGCGGUACAUGACCAUGUCACAGCUGUGCGUCUAUGAGAGUUAA